AUGGAAAGGCCUCCCCUUCCCCUGUCUGAGUCUAGACCCUCAGGAGCCUGUUUAGAUGCCCCCUAUACCCUGGACCCCCUUGAUUGAGACUUCAGUUGGGAACAGCUAUGGGAACUGGAAAGACAGUUCAAGCUGGAGCCAUACCCAGACCUUGAGGCUCGAAGGGUCCUGGCCACCAGACUCAACCUGAAGGAGGAACAAGUUGAGACUUGGUUCAUCCAGCGUUCCUUGGAGCAGGAGAUGUGCCCUCGAAUUGCUAGGCUACAGCAGUCUGUCCGUCCUUCACUGAAGUUCAUGGCUGACGGCUUUCACACGCUCCAACACAAUAGGAAAGUCACUAUCAACGACGAUAGACCGGCCAAGACAAAAGUCGUGGGGGUAGACCACAUAGAGCAGGAUGAAAUACCCACUCAAAACUGA